GGCAAGUUUUGGAUAACCAGAGUCGGGCUCCUUGGCGUUUGUCAUCUAUAACAGAUUUCUUCUGGUCGAUAGCAGAUUUUGUGGUUCUGUUUUUCCAGAGCAUUAUUCAACCAGAUUUGAGAAGAAGAGGCUACACAUCUUCUUCCUAUUCAGGAUACAAUGACAGAAGAGGGCCUCCAGCACUUCCUCGCCGUAGGAUGGGUCGAAUAAAUCACUGGGGUGGAGGCCCUAGUCCACCACCAAUGGCUGGGGGUGGAUGAGGAAGGUAAACGCCUGCUGAAGAGGCAGGCAAAGGCAUCCACAUUUGCAAGAUGAAGGAGAAGAGUUUAGUGAUGGACCAAAGGAGUUUGAAUGUUGUGAAUGUGUCUGUCUAACUGGAAACUGUCCUGUCAUAUAAGCAGAUUAAUGAAGUUGUACUGGGAACUCCUUCUUCAAGGAUCCGGUGUAACUGAACUACAGUUUAUUAAAUACAUGUUUACUGUCUAAAGUCUUUGUAUAGUUUCUGAACAUUUUAUUGUAGUUGAAAAGUAAUAAGUAAAUUAUAUUUGGCUUGUCACAA